GUAUUGCUGAGGCCUCAUCCUUCCAAUGGCGACUGAAAACAGGCUGAUUAGAAAGCGGGAGCAACUGUGGAGGGGGUCAGAGCAGUGUAACCGAAAUUAAAUAAAUAUAUCAUACUCUCACUAGUCAUAAAGUUAGUUUAAAAUUGUAGACCCACCAAAUCACGGCCGAUUCAAUGGCCAAAAGUCGGAAUAUUUCGCUCCUUGAAUCAGAGCUAUAUUACCUAAUUUCACGUUUUCUAACAACGGGUCCAUGUCAGAGCGCGGCUGAGGUUCUAGCGAGCGAACUAGAAGAAUAUCAGCUUUUGCCUUGCAGAUUAGACUGGCAAGGAAAUGAACAUCCAAGAUCUUACGAAGAUUUGGUUGCAGCCAACGGACACAUUGCACCUGACCAUUUGCUGCAGAUCUGUAAGCAGAUUGGGCCGAUUCUGGACAAAGAAGUGCCAUGUGUUCCAGGCGUACAUUCCCUACUGGGAACUGGGAGGCAGUCCUUACUCAGAACAUCAAAAGGUUACGGCAAUGUUCGGAGGAAAGGCUCAUCAUUUGCUGCCCUGCACAGAGGGAGACCACCAGAGAUGCCUUUGACCUGCAAGGAUCCUCCAAAUCUAGUGGAGGUGUACAGAGGAAGGGAGCUAACAGGUACUCAACGGUUCAGCACUGUGAACCCUGUGAGCAACUAUCAGCACAUGCGGAUGCACAGGAGGAUUCUGGGUCAUCUGUCUGCAGUCUACUGCAUUGCUUUUGAUCGGACCGGUCUCAGGAUUUUCACCGGCUCGGACGACUGCUUGGUGAAGAUAUGGUCUUCGUUUGACGGGAGGCUUCACUCAACCCUGCGAGGACAUUCUGCUGAGAUCUCAGACCUGGCUGUCAGCUUUGAGAAUACCUUGAUGGCAGCUGGCAGCUGUGACAAAACCAUCCGAGUGUGGUGCCUUCGUACCUGUGCCCCUAUGGCUGUCCUACAGGGGCACAGUGGAUCCAUUACCUCCCUACAGUUCUCACCGUUUGCCAAGGGCUCAAAGAGAUACCUGGUGUCCACUGGAACUGAUGCAACAAUCUGCUUUUGGCAGUGGGAUGUCAAUAACAUACAUUUCAGUGAUCGCCCGCAGAAGUUUACAGAGCGACCCAGGCCGGGAGUUCAGAUGGUGUGCUCAUCAUUCAGUCCAGGUGGCAUGUUCUUAGCGACGGGAAGUACUGACGAUGUCAUCAGAAUAUAUUACCUGGGAGGUGGGAACCCUGAAAAAAUAUCAGAGCUUCAUGAACACACGGACAAGGUUGACAGCAUCCAAUUUUGCCACUCAGGAGAAAGGUUUGUGAGUGGCAGUCGAGAUGGCACAGCACGCAUCUGGAGGCUGACUCAGCGUCAGCAGUGGAGGAGCCUUCUUCUCAACAUGAAUGCCACUCUACCAGGCUCAGAACACGCGACCAAUGAGGAAAGCUUUUUCAAACCCAAGGUCACCAUGGUAGCGUGGGAUCGCCAUGACAACUCAGUAAUCACAGCGGUCAACAACCAUAUCCUCAAAGUGUGGAACUCCUACACGGGCCAGCUGCUACAUAUCCUUAAAGGCCAUGAGGCUGAGGUGUUUGUCCUGGAGCCCCACCCCUCAGAUCCCAGGAUCAUGCUGUCUGCUGGCCACGACGGAAACGUCUUCAUCUGGGACAUCGUCCGGGGCACAAAGACACAGCACUACUUCAACAUGAUUGAGGGCCAGGGUCAUGGUGCUGUCUUUGACUGCAAGUUCACUCCCGACGGCCAGCGCUUUGCCUGCACAGACUCCCACGGUCAUCUGGUCAUUUUCGGCUUUGGGAGCUCCAAGCCAUACGAGAAGCUUCCAGAUCAGGUGUUUUUCCACACCGACUAUCGGCCACUGAUCCGGGAUGCCAACGGCUUUGUGUUGGAUGAGCAGACCCAGCAGGCACCCCACCUCAUGCCCCCUCCCUUCCUGGUGGAUGUGGAUGGGAACCCCCACCCCCCUAGAUACCAGCGGCUGGUCCCCGGGAGGGAGAACAUUGCAGACGAACACCUGGUGCCUCAGCUGGGAUAUGUUGCCACAAGUGAUGGCGAGGUGAUGGAGCAGGUGAUCAGUCAGCUGACCACAGACCAUGAGGAGGCCACGGCCAGACGCAGCAUUCUGGACGACACCAUCAGGCAGCUGCAGGAGCAGCAAGACAGGCAGAGCAGACCAGGGACACUAGCCCCAGCCCCCAGCACCCCACGCAGAGCAUCAGUGAAUGAGCGAGGUGCAGCUGAGGUGCAGUCAUCCCCUAACGUGGGUCUGAGGCGCAGUGGGCAGGUGGAGGGGGUMAGACAGAUGCACCAGAAUGCCCCUCGCAGCCAGAUGGCCACGGAGAGGGACCUGCAGGCCUGGAGACGCAGGGUGGUGGUACCUGAGCUCUCAUCCAGCAAUUACAGUUACCAGGAUGACUUCCGAAUUACAAAAGGAGAGGAGGAGAUUGCCUUAUACAAUGCAAAGAAACGCCGUGUGACAUACGGCAGUUGUAGAGAUGAUUCUGAAGAUGAACUGCCUUGCAUCAAACGAGCACAGUCCCGCAAAAAGCAAAAAGUCUUCCAGCAGAGCAGAGAUGGCAUUGUGGAGGAAUUAAUCGAGUUCUCCUGUGAGGAGGGAGAAGGGACCACAACAUCAGAGGACCAUGAGAUGGAGGGCAGUGAACUGGAUUCAUCCAAUGAGGAAGAGGAAUGGAAAAGUGACAGUUCAAGCCACUCGUCCAGUGAGUACUCUGACUGGACAGCAGARGCUGGGAUUAACCUGCAGCCCUCCACUCCCGUGUCAUCACGGAAACGAGUUCGCCGCCAGCUUAGCAGCUCGGAGGAAGAUAAUGAGGAGGAAGAGGAGAAGCAGCAAAGUGACGAGGAAGAACGACCUCCUCAGACUAGCAAGCAGAAAUCCAAGAAGCCCAAAAGCAAGAUGCCCAAGCGGCCUAAAGCCAGGCCGUCGAUCAACAGAGAAGUCUCCAAUGAGUUCAGACCCUCAACGUGGAUCACUGAUGUCGUUCCCAGGAAGUCUCCCUUUGUUCCCCAGAUGGGUGAUGAGGUAAUCUAUUUCCGCCAGGGUCACGAGGCGUAUGUGGAGGCYGUGAACAGGAACAACCUGUACCCCAUUAACAUGGAGAAACAGCCRUGGAGGAAGAUGGAGCUGAGGGACCAAGAGUUUGUUAAAAUAACUGGGAUCAAGUAUGAAGUAUGCCCUCCGACACUGUGCCGCCUGAAACUGACGCUCAUUGACCAUGGCACGGGCAAAAUCACAGACAAAUCAUUUUAUGUCAAGUACCAUGACAUGCCGGAUGUGAUUGACUUCCUCGUGCUUCGGCAGAGUUAUGACGAAGCACGCAGUAGAGUCUGGCAGCCAAAUGACAGAUUCCGGUCUGUAAUAGAUGAUGCCUGGUGGUUUGGGAUCAUUGUUUGUCAGGAGCCAUAUCAGCUUGAAUAUCCGGACAGUCAUUUCCAGUGCUUCAAAGUCAGAUGGGACAAUGGWGAAACGGAGAAGCUAAGUCCUUGGGAUGUGGAAGCUAUUCCAGAGGAUGCCCAGCAACCUGAGUGUGUAGGUGGAGGGGUUCCAGUGACAGRAGAGGAGAUGAGAGAGGUCAUGUAUAAACCCCAGACAGGAGAGUGGGGUGAGAGGAGUAGAGACAACGAGUGUGAACGCAUCAUAGCAGGCAUUGAGCAACUCAUCACCGUCGAUAUUGUAGCCCCAUUUUCUGGCCCGGUGGACAUAGUUCAGUACCCAACCUACUGCACGGUGAUAGCCUUCCCUACAGACCUGAGCACCAUCAGACUGAGACUUAUAAAUAGGUUCUACAGGCGACUGUCCUCUUUAGUUUGGGAUGCCAGAUACAUUGUGCACAACGCCCGGACCUUCAAUGAGCCAAGGAGCAAGAUAGCCCAUUCAGCAAAACUUAUCACAGAUGUCCUGCUAAAAUUUAUCAAUCGACCUAGCUGUACAGAUAUUAUGGAGAUCUACAGUGCUAUUGAAGACAUGGACUAUACGGAUGACGAGGACCUGGAAGAGGCACCAGGCCCCUCUUCUGGACACAGACUGCGCCAGCGCUCUGUGGAGAAGGUACCUGACCAGGACUCCUGGAAGGGGCAGUGCAAGCGCCUGAUGAACUAUGUCUUUGAGUGUGAGGACUCCGAGCCCUUCAGAAAGCCUGUGGAUCCUACCUCCUACCCAGACUACCUUAGCAUCAUUGACACUCCCAUGGACUUUGGGACUGUGAAGGGGACCCUUGAGGAGGACCGRUAUGAAAACCCCAUGGAGCUCUGCAAAGACAUACGUCUGAUAUUUGCCAACGCUAAAGCCUUCACGCCAAACAAACGCUCAAAGAUCUACAGUAUGACUUUGCGGCUUUCUGCAUUCUUCGAAGAGCGAAUCAGAACAAUCAUAUCGCAAUACAAAACUUCUGUCAAGAGCAGCGAGAAGCUCCGCCGCAGCCAGAGGUUCCGYAAGAAGCUUCAGCACCACGAGUCUGCUGUACCCAGCACUAACACCACAAGCCAAAAGAGGGCUGCUCUAAAAACUCAGGAAAAAGUGGAAGCGGCGUCAACGACCAAAUCUACCUCAGCCAAAGUGUCUGCUCCUGAGAGAACCAGGAGAAGGAGCCACAGUAGUGACAGCUCAGGCCACAGCUCUUCUGAAGCCUCCUCAGGGUCAGACUCUGAGAUUGAGAGUGAGUUAUCUAUGAGUGACUCUGAAGAGGAGAAAUGCCUGGGGUCCUCACGGCACCAUCACAGCAGAGAGACCAGGGGAACCAGAAGAGUCACCAGGAACAAGGGGGCAAAGAAGAAAAAAAUUGCCGAGAGCGAGGAAGAGUCUUCCAAUGAGGGGGAGGAGAGUGAGGAUGGCGGGAAGUUGUCCAACUCUUUGUCUCGUCGAUUCCCAAGCAGGACCAGCAGCAGGAGCACCAGGCUGACCAGGAACAAUGCUGUUGCCCAUAGGAAAUGCACCAAACAGCCAGAGAGGGGUGCCCAGAUGAAUGGUCACAGCAGAAAAUCUGGGCGAGAGAUAAGCAGCGAAUCUGAGAGAUCACCAUCCCAGGGUACAGACACUUACAGGGAGGAGGAUGAGGAGGAGAAUGUUGGCCGCAGGACAAUGAAAAGGAAGACUGCCAGGGCGGCCGUCAACAAGAUGAAGCUUCUGGAAGCCUCUGAGGAAAACUAUGGUUCAGCCUCUGAGGAAGAGGAUAAACAUAGGAGGAAUAGCAGCCACCAUGCGACCCGAGUCAGCAAACGCAUUGCCGUGAUCCAGAGCAGCUCUGAAUCAGAGGAGCAGUCAUCAGCACAGUGUUCUAAAAAAGACAAGGAUUCAUUGGGUGAUUGGGAGAACAAUGAGGACAGUAUUGAGAGUGAAGCUUCAUCCUCUCGUUGCCAUCAGAAUGGAGAGAGUAAGAACUCCAGCAGCCGCAAAACGACCAGACAAGCUGCAGAGACGGGUGGUAAGGAUGAUAUGUCUCAUGUAAAUGGGCACAGCACAAAACAUGACAGUACUUCUGAGGAGGAGGAGUGCUCUGAUGGUGAAGAAGAGGAAGAAAUAGAGGAAGAAGCUGUUAGGUCUCAGUCCUCCAGAAGCUUGACAACCGCUGCAGUGAGCAAAAUUAGAACUUGCAUUACCAGUUAUAUGGCGGAAGAGAAGACUGGCUCCAGAAAGAGACAGCCCAAAUCUCUGGCAAGCUCUGACGAGGAAUACCGAGAACACUAUGCUCAAAAGCACCCUCACCAAAACGGGAGAAAGGUGGAGAAAGAACAUGCUGAAGGCUCUGAGAAAAAUAGUAAAUUACAUUCAAAAAGCCAAGAACAAACAUCUGCCUCAACCCACAAACAGGAUGUCCCUGAAUCAGAGGAACUCAGUGACACUCCAAAGAGAUCAAGCUCACGCAAAAAAAGAGUGAGGUCUGAAGAGGAGGAGGAAGAAGACAGCAACCACUCAGAUAAUGAAUCUAAGGGAGAAUCCAAUAAACGUCAGUUGCGAAACAACAACAAACCCAAAAGACAGAGUCACAAUGACUCUGUUUCAGAGAGCGAGGAGGAAGUUGUACCCAACAGGAGAGCAAGGAGAAAACUGCAUGCUUCCUCAGAGGAAGAAUCUGAUGGGAAGGAGAAGCAUAGCCCUAGCAGGCGGCCUUGCCUUCGAGCCCAACCAAAAAAGAAAUACAUCAAUGAAGACUCUGAGGAGGACUUGAACUCUGAGAUGCAAGGCAGUUGUAAGAAUGGGAAGAGCAAAACUGUUUCACAUAAAGGAUAUCAACCUAAACGGUGCAUGCCCAAGGCUAAGAGCUACUGCGAAGAUGAGGACGAGAGGGAAACAAAAAGAUCCAACUACAAGUAUCCCAAGAAGGAAUCUAGAUCCAAGUCUGAACCCGAGGACUGUAGUAGUCAGGAAGACACCUCUUCUCACCAAGGGUCAGAGGAGGAGAAGGAAGUUGAGUGUCCAAGGGGGAAGAGACGUUUGGAGCGACACAAACGCAAGCGAAAGGAACGCUGCAGCAGCAGUGCCCACAGUUCUGCCUCUGAAAGCGAGGAGGACGAAAAGUCCUCUGCCAGCUCAGGGUCCCAGAGCAGUCCAAAGAGAAAAAAACACAACAGGAGGUCAAGGGUCAGCGACAAGGGUGCCGCCCGACAACGCCGGAGGGACCCCUCUGAGGCAGACAGUGAUCAGUCGUACGCAGAAUUCCAGAGAGGAGCGUGUGGAACGCGUAUCAAGACCCGAAACCGUGGCAAACGAACGGUGACAUAUCACGACAGCGAAUGA